ACCACCAAGCGAUUCGAUAACAACAUUUGCCUUCUGGGAUUUUUGUGGUUCAAGCAGACAGUACUUCCGGCUACCAACGUUUACUUGAUUUGACAUCUUUUUCUAUUUUUUGGAGUGUUGAUAACGCCAAUAGACAAACACCAUGCGUUUUUUUCUUUUGGUGGAAUAUCAUGGUGUGAAAUUGGCAAUUCCUCAAGCUGAGUUGAAUCUUUCCACGCUGAUUAUUCCUGCCCUCCUCUCUGCUUCUUUCUUUACCGAGUUUUUUAUCUGAAUCGCCGAGUCUAAGAAUAACGUAUUGAAAAAGAAAAGAAGAGGGUUUCCAUGAGAGGAAAAAAGAGGUAGCUUUCUGGCCUUAAUACAUAAUCACUGCUACUAAUCUUAAAUGUAACUGGUGCUAUUGCCAUUCAUAACUUCAACGGCUCACGUAGCCACACCUACCUUUGAAAAACCGAAGUCUUCCCUCUCUUUUUUUUUAUUAACACAACUACUACCGGCCAUUUCCACCGCGCUCUUGCUCUCUAAACAAUGAAAAGCCCAUGUUCUCCCUACGUUCGCCGGACCCCAGCCUCUGGCGUACGGUCGACGUCGGACCGUAUUCCUUACUCCCCUACAUCCUCCUCCUACUCGGGCAGCUCCGCCGUGAAGAAGCGGGACCCGUUGUUUGCGGUAGCGAAAUCGGUGGCCGGAGUGUUUGGUGCUUGUUUAAUGCCCCCCGAGCCUGAGCCGAACGAUUCGAAGGCCUUUGGUUCCUCUGAAGAGUUAAAAGCUCCAUCUGUUGUAUCCAAUACUUCUGGGAGCAGUGAAAGAAGGCAAGGUUCAAAUCGAGGCAAUUAUAGCAGUACGUUCAAUUCAGUCCGUGAGAGAGAACCUCGGAGUGUAAAUUUUACCAUGGAGGAAAUAUAUACAGCCACAAGGAACUUCUCCCCCACAUUCAAGAUUGGACAAGGUGAUUUUGGGACUGUUUACAAGGGGAGACUCCAAGAUGGAACCGCUGUUGCCAUCAAACGUGCCAAGAAGAGUGUAAAUGACAAGCAUUUAGAUGAAGAAUUUCAAAGUGAGAUUCGAACACUGGCACAGGUGGAACAUUUACAUCUAGUAAAGUUCUAUGGAUAUUUGGAACAUGAAGAUGAAAGAAUUGUUCUUAUGGAGUAUGUUCCCAAUGGAACUCUCAGAGAACACUUGGAUUGCAUGCAUGGAAAUGUUAUUGACCUUUCUGUGCGCUUAGAUAUUGCAAUUGAUGUGGCUCAUGCAGUCACCUACCUUCACAUGUACACAGAUCACCCAAUUAUUCACAGGGACAUAAAGUCCUCCAACAUUCUCCUCACAGAAAACUUUCGAGCUAAGGUAGCUGAUUUUGGUUUUUCUAGACUGGCAGCUGACAGGGAUUCAGAUGCCACCCAUGUGUCUACCCAAGUUAAAGGAACUGCUGGAUACUUGGACCCUGAAUACAUGAGGACGUAUCAAUUAACUGAGAAGAGCGAUGUUUAUUCAUUUGGUGUGUUGCUGGUUGAACUAAUGACAGGUAGGCGUCCUAUUGAAACGAAAAGGGAAAUAAAGGAACGUUUAACUGCAAAAUGGCUCAAUUGUUAUCCAACGCUUGCAAUAUCUGAUGGAAGUCCCGCACCGGACCAAUAAAGCAAUCCCAGCGCUUCUAUCUAAUCUCAAUAUUAUUGGAACCUGUCUACCAAGAUGUCGAAGCAAUUAAUACGUUUGUCCAAGAGAUUAAAGCGAUCACAUUUACCUGGAGUAACAGCAAAGGAAGGUUUCUCUCUGUUCUGAUUUCAGUUGGUUUACAUGCAGGCAAUAAAGAAGUUUGCAGAAGGUAAUGCCAUUGUAAUCUUGGACCCGAAGCUAGAGCGAACUGCUGCAAGUAACUUGGCCCUAGAAAAGAUUCUGGAACUAGCAUUGCAAUGUUUGGCUCCUGGCAGACAGAGCAGGCCAAGCAUGAGGAAAUGCGCAGAGAAUCUUUGGAGCAUUCGUAAGGAUUUCAAGGAACAAUCAACCUCAGAUUUUUGUCAUCUUAUUUCUUCUAAAUCACAGGGGAGUUUUUCAGUUAUAACAGAAGAAUAAACAAAUAGCUGCCUAGUAUUGUGGAAAUCAACCCCACACCAGAAAUGGUAAUGUAAAGAGAAGCAAGCCGAAGCAGUUGCUUUUCAAGACGAACAAGUGACUUGAGAGUAACAGUGCAGGGGGUCAGGAAGGAUUAAUAGUUUUCCAUUGAGCAUUGCCAAGAUGACGCAAUAUUGCUUAAUAAGAUUCAGUGCUUGCAAGAUCAUAGGAGGAACACUACUUGCGACUUUAUCAAAAUGCCGUAGGUUGGGGUCUGCAUUUUUGCUGCAUAUUUAAAAAUCUUAAAUAAAUUUCUUGCGAUCUUGAACUAUCAUUCUGGGAGAGCCUUGUUCGAAUGGUUUUUUUUUUUUUUUUUCUUGUAAAACUUUGCGAAUAUUGUAUAUUGAUAUGUUCGCAAUAUUUAUCACCACCUUCCGAAGAAUUACACAAACAUUUCACUCA